AUGGAGUCUUCUAGUAUAUCCACAAUAAUCCAGAACAUCUACAUCCCUCCUGCCAAGAAGAUUUCCAUUCCGGCUAUACCUUCACAUCACCCUUCUCUCAUAGUCCCAGAUGCUCUGUCUGAUGUCUCUCACCAGAGAUCAUGCGGGUGUUCUGGUGAAGCCUGUAUAAAGGAUACGGCCUGGUUUUAUGGACCAGGUGGUGAGGUGAUUUCACGGUCCAAAUCGGAUAUCUCAUCUACCGAUACUGUUGCUGCUCAACAAAUGAUUCAUUAUUCUGAUGGGCGCCAGUUGUGA